AGAGUGGUCCACGCAAGUCUGAAAGGUCUGGCGAGCAGAUCGGUAUCAGCGAACCAGCCUAGAACACCCCUGCCCCACCGGGCUAGCAAGAAGAUCGGCUACUCACGAAACAACGCAAAGGCCAUGCCGAGGUGGUACGAAUUUAACCAGAUGAAAAAGGCAGGGACCCCAUGGACUUUGCCGUUCCAAGACCUGACCAAGAAGAGUGUUUGA